CGUGAUGAGCAUCCUGCUGCCCAACAUGGCGGAGUUCGACACGAUCUCGGAACUGGAGGAGGAGGAGGAAGAAGAAGCGGCAACGUCGUCGUCGUCGCCGUCGUCGUCGUCGUCGGUAUCGGGGCCCGACGAUGACGAGGAAGAUGAGGAGGAGGAGGAAGAAGAAGAGGAGGAGGAGGAAGAAGAAGAGGAGCAGGUGGAGGAGACGCCGCCCCCGCCUCGGGUAGUGAGCGAGGAGCAUCUGCGGAGAUAUGCCCCCGACCCUGUAUUGGUGCGGGGCGCCGGCCACAUCACUGUGUUUGGCUUGAGCAACAAGUUUGAUACUGAAUUUCCCUCGGUUCUAACAGGGAAGGUGGCCCCAGAAGAAUUUAAGACCAGCAUUGGCCGUGUGAAUGCAUGUUUGAAAAAGGCUCUCCCAGUCAAUGUGAAAUGGCUGCUGUGUGGUUGUCUCUGCUGCUGUUGCACACUGGGUUGCAGCCUGUGGCCCGUUAUUUGUCUCAACAAAAGAACCAGAAGAUCAAUUCAGAAGUUGUUAGAGUGGGAAAAUAACAGAUUAUAUCACAAGCUUGCUUUGCACUGGAAGUUGACUAAAAGGAAAUGUGAAACUAGCAAUAUGAUGGAGUAUGUAAUACUAAUAGAAUUCUUACCAAAAUAUCCCAUAUUCCGACCUGACUGAGGGAUUUUAUUCAGUCACUUCUGUAUUACCUGUCAUUUCCUACCCUUAGUGCCUUGUAGAUGAUUUUGGAAUGAAGAUGGUCUCCUUUGCUGUGUUCAACUUAUUCUUUAUAAUGGUAGAAUAUUCUCCUCACACUUUCAUUUGUGUUGGUUUAAGAAGAAAUUUUGCACAUCUUUUUUGUUGUUAAA